CCUUCUUAAUAUGUUUUUUAGGUGAAUCAAAAAGGGUCCCAGGAAACCUGUGUCUGUUGAAGAAAAUUCAUCUGUCAAUUUUUGAUAUUCAAGGAAGAGUAUUUAUAUUCAUCUUUUAAACUGGGAAGAUUUAUAUUCCAUUUUAAAACUUGUUGAUAUUUACAAUGAAUGGACAUAGUGAUGAAGAAAGUGUUAGAAACAGUAGUGGAGAAUCAAGCCAGUCGGAUGAUGAUUCUGGGUCAGCUUCAGGCUCUGGAUCUGGUUCCAGUUCUGGAAGCAGUAGUGAUGGAAGCAGUAGCCAGUCAGGUAGCAGUGACUCUGACUCUGGAUCUGAAUCGGGCAGUCAGUCAGAGUCUGAGUCAGACACUUCUGGAGAGAACAAAGUUCAAGCAAAACCACCAAAAGUUGAUGGAGCUGAGUUUUGGAAAUCCAGCCCUAGUAUUCUGGCUGUUCAGAGAUCCGCAAUGCUCAAGAAGCAGCAGCAGCAGCAGCAGCACCAGCAGCAACAACAACAACAACAACAAGUUUCAUCUAAUAGUGGAUCAGAAGAGGAUUCCUCUAGCAGUGAAGAUUCUGAUGACACAUCGAGUGAGGUCAAAAGGAAAAAGCAUAAAGAUGAAGAUUGGCAGAUGUCUGCAUCAGGAUCUCCAUCUCAAUCUGGUUCAGAUUCAGAAUCUGAAGAAGAAGGAGAUAAAAGCAGUUGUGAUGAAACGGAAUCUGAUUAUGAACCAAAAAACAAAGUUAAAAGUAGAAAACCUCAAAAUAGAUCUAAGUCAAAAAAUGGAAAGAAGAUCCUUGGACAAAAAAAGAGACAGAUUGAUUCAUCCGAGGAGGACGACGAUGAAGAUUAUGAUAAUGAUAAAAGAAGUUCUCGUCGCCAAGCAACUGUCAAUGUGAGCUAUAAGGAAGAUGAAGAAAUGAAAACAGAUUCUGAUGACCUCCUUGAAGUCUGUGGAGAGGAUGUUCCUCAACCCGAGGAAGAGGAAUUCGAAACAAUAGAACGAUUUAUGGAUUGUCGGAUUGGGAGAAAAGGAGCUACUGGUGCUACAACAACCAUCUAUGCAGUUGAAGCAGAUGGUGACCCAAAUGCAGGAUUUGAAAAAAACAAGGAACCAGGAGAAAUCCAAUAUUUAAUUAAAUGGAAAGGAUGGUCCCAUAUUCACAAUACUUGGGAGACAGAAGAAACCCUUAAACAGCAGAAUGUUAGAGGAAUGAAAAAAUUGGAUAAUUAUAAGAAAAAAGAUCAGGAAACAAAAAGAUGGUUGAAAAAUGCUUCUCCAGAAGAUGUGGAAUAUUAUAAUUGCCAGCAAGAACUUACAGAUGAUCUGCAUAAACAGUAUCAAAUAGUGGAGCGAAUCAUUGCUCAUUCCAAUCAAAAGUCAGCAGCUGGUUAUCCUGAUUAUUAUUGCAAAUGGCAGGGCCUUCCAUACUCAGAGUGCAGCUGGGAGGAUGGUGCUCUCAUUUCCAAAAAGUUUCAAGCAUGUAUAGACGAAUAUUUUAGCAGAAAUCAGUCAAAAACCACUCCUUUUAAAGAUUGCAAAGUAUUAAAACAAAGGCCAAGAUUUGUAGCCCUAAAGAAGCAGCCAUCCUAUAUUGGGGGACAUGAAGGUUUAGAAUUAAGAGAUUAUCAACUGAAUGGUUUAAAUUGGCUUGCUCACUCUUGGUGCAAAGGAAAUAGUUGCAUACUUGCUGAUGAAAUGGGCCUUGGAAAAACAAUACAGACGAUUUCAUUUCUGAACUAUUUGUUUAAUGAACAUCAAUUAUAUGGACCUUUUCUAUUAGUAGUACCACUCUCCACUCUCACGUCCUGGCAAAGGGAAAUUCAGACAUGGGCUUCUCAAAUGAAUGCUGUGGUUUAUUUAGGUGACAUUAACAGUAGAAACAUGAUAAGAACUCAUGAAUGGAUGCAUCCCCAGACCAAACGGUUAAAAUUUAACAUACUGUUAACAACUUAUGAAAUUUUAUUGAAGGAUAAGGCAUUCCUUGGCGGUCUAAAUUGGGCAUUUAUAGGUGUAGAUGAAGCACAUCGAUUAAAGAAUGAUGAUUCUCUUCUGUAUAAAACUUUAAUAGACUUUAAGUCCAAUCACCGUCUCCUUAUCACUGGAACUCCUCUACAAAACUCCCUCAAAGAGCUCUGGUCUUUACUUCAUUUCAUUAUGCCAGAAAAGUUUUCUUCCUGGGAAGAUUUUGAAGAAGAGCAUGGCAAAGGCAGAGAAUAUGGUUAUGCAAGCCUCCACAAGGAACUUGAGCCAUUUCUGUUACGCAGAGUUAAGAAAGAUGUGGAAAAAUCACUUCCUGCUAAGGUUGAGCAGAUAUUAAGAAUGGAAAUGAGUGCUUUACAGAAACAGUAUUACAAAUGGAUAUUAACUAGGAAUUACAAAGCCCUCAGCAAAGGUUCCAAGGGCAGUACCUCAGGCUUUUUGAAUAUUAUGAUGGAGCUAAAGAAAUGUUGUAAUCACUGCUACCUCAUUAAACCACCAGACAAUAAUGAAUUCUAUAAUAAACAGGAGGCCUUACAACACUUAAUCCGUAGUAGCGGAAAAUUGAUUCUUCUUGACAAGCUGUUAAUUCGCCUAAGAGAAAGAGGCAAUAGAGUUCUUAUUUUUUCUCAAAUGGUGCGGAUGUUAGAUAUACUUGCAGAGUAUUUGAAAUAUCGUCAAUUCCCCUUUCAAAGAUUAGAUGGAUCAAUAAAAGGGGAGUUGAGGAAACAAGCUCUAGAUCAUUUUAAUGCUGAAGGAUCAGAGGAUUUCUGCUUUUUGCUUUCCACAAGAGCUGGAGGUCUAGGAAUUAAUUUAGCCUCAGCUGACACUGUGGUUAUAUUUGAUUCUGAUUGGAAUCCACAAAAUGAUCUUCAGGCGCAGGCUAGAGCUCAUCGUAUCGGGCAAAAGAAACAGGUGAAUAUUUAUCGUCUAGUUACGAAGGGAUCAGUGGAAGAGGAUAUUCUUGAAAGGGCCAAAAAGAAGAUGGUCUUAGAUCAUCUUGUGAUUCAAAGAAUGGACACAACUGGGAAGACAGUGCUACAUACAGGUUCUGCCCCCUCAAGUUCUACUCCUUUCAAUAAAGAAGAGUUGUCUGCCAUUUUAAAAUUUGGUGCUGAGGAACUUUUUAAGGAACCUGAAGGAGAAGAACAAGAGCCCCAGGAAAUGGAUAUCGAUGAAAUCUUGAAGAGGGCUGAAACUCAUGAAAAUGAACCAGGCCCUUUAACUGUAGGAGAUGAAUUGCUUUCCCAGUUCAAGGUUGCCAACUUUUCAAACAUGGAUGAGGAUGACAUUGAGUUGGAACCUGAACGAAGUUCAAAGAAUUGGGAAGAAAUCAUUCCAGAAGAUCAAAGAAGACGAUUAGAAGAGGAAGAACGACAAAAAGAACUUGAAGAAAUUUAUAUGCUUCCAAGAAUGAGAAACUGUGCUAAGCAGAUUAGUUUCAAUGGAAGUGAAGGGAGGCGCAGUAGAAGCAGGAGAUAUUCUGGAUCUGAUAGUGAUUCAAUCUCAGAAAGGAAAAGGCCAAAGAAACGUGGAAGACCACGGACUAUCCCUCGAGAGAAUAUUAAAGGAUUUAGUGAUGCAGAAAUUCGGCGGUUUAUCAAGAGUUACAAGAAAUUUGGUGGCCCUCUAGAAAGAUUGGAUGCAAUAGCUCGAGAUGCUGAAUUAGUUGAUAAGUCAGAGACAGACCUCAGACGACUAGGAGAAUUGGUGCAUAAUGGUUGCAUUAAAGCUUUAAAGGAUAAUUCUUCAGGAACAGAACGGACAGGUGGUAGACUUGGAAAAGUAAAGGGUCCAACAUUCCGAAUAUCAGGAGUACAAGUGAAUGCCAAGCUAGUCAUCUCCCAUGAAGAAGAAUUAAUACCAUUGCACAAAUCCAUUCCUUCAGAUCCAGAAGAAAGAAAGCAGUAUACUAUCCCAUGCCAUACAAAGGCUGCUCAUUUUGAUAUAGACUGGGGCAAAGAAGAUGAUUCCAAUUUGUUAAUUGGCAUAUAUGAAUAUGGAUAUGGAAGCUGGGAAAUGAUCAAAAUGGAUCCUGACCUCAGUCUAACACACAAGAUUCUUCCAGAUGACCCUGAUAAAAAACCACAAGCAAAACAGUUGCAGACUCGGGCAGACUACCUCAUCAAAUUACUUAGUAGAGAUCUUGCCAAAAAAGAAGCUCAAAGACUUUCUGGUGCAGGAGGUUCAAAGAGGAGAAAAGCAAGAGCUAAGAAGAAUAAAUCCAUGAAGUCUAUAAAGGUGAAAGAGGAAGUAAAGAGUGAUUCUUCUCCUCUGCUCUCAGAAAAAUCCGAUGAAGAUGAUAAGUUGAGCGAAUCAAAAUCUGAUAGCAAGGAAAGAUCCAAGAAAUCUUCAGUGUCUGAUCCUCUAGUUCAUAUUACUGCAAGUGGUGAACCAGUUCCCAUAUCUGAAGAAUCCGAAGAACUGGAUCAGAAGACAUUCAGCAUUUGUAAAGAAAGAAUGAGGCCUGUCAAAGCAGCUUUGAAACAACUUGAUAGGCCUGAGAAAGGCCUUUCAGAAAGAGAACAACUAGAGCAUACUAGACAGUGUUUAAUAAAAAUUGGUGACCAUAUCACGGAAUGUCUGAAAGAAUAUACAAAUCCUGAACAAAUCAAGCAGUGGAGAAAAAACCUGUGGAUUUUCGUAUCUAAGUUUACUGAGUUUGAUGCAAGAAAAUUACAUAAGUUAUAUAAGCAUGCUAUUAAAAAACGGCAGGAAUCUCAGCAAAAUAAUGACCAGAACAUCAACGUGAAUGUUCAAGUGAUUAGAAAUCCAGAUGUGGAAAGAUUAAAAGAGAAUACAAAUCACGAUGAUAGCAGCAGAGACAGUUACUCUUCUGAUAGACACUUAUCUCAGUAUCAUGAUCAUCAUAAAGACCGACAUCAGGGAGAUUCUUACAAAAAGAGCGACUCUAGGAAAAGGCCCUAUUCUUCUUUUAGUAAUGGAAAAGAUCAUCGUGAUUGGGAUCACUACAAGCAAGACAGCAGAUAUUAUAAUGAUAGAGAAAAACACAGAAAACUGGAUGAUCACAGAAGUAGAGAUCACAGGUCAAAUUUGGAAGGAAGUUUAAAAGAUAGAUCUCAUUCAGAUCAUCGCUCUCAUUCAGAUCAUCGGUCAAGUUCUGAAUAUACACAUCAUAAAUCUUCCAGGGAUUAUAGGUAUCACUCAGAUUGGCAAAUGGACCACAGAGCUUCCAGUAGUGGGCCUAGAUCACCACUAGAUCAGAGGUCUCCUUAUGGCUCCAGAUCUCCAUUUGAACAUUCAAUUGAACACAAAAGUACACCUGAGCAUACCUGGAGUAAUCGGAAAACAUAACAAAAACUGAUAUUUUGUCAUUCUGGACUUUUCUUUUAGCCAUAUAUCAUAAACCAACACAGUAAUUGCCUUACAUGACUUGAAAGAUAUAAACAGAUCUUCUAUCAGUAGCAGUAUUGUUACUUCUUUCCAGGAUGCAAGGUCUAUUAUCCCAACAGAAGAGAAAAUAUUUUUAUAUUUAAGGAUUAUGCUGCACUGUGCUACAAAUAUUGUAGUACUUUUUUUUUUUCUUUUUUAAAGAAAUGAAAAAUGUUUACUCUUACAGGGACCUCAACACUGCCCUUCCAUAUAGGCUGGAUAAACUGUUUUUAAGUCAGUGAUUUUAGACUGACCUCCAUUUAAAUUAUGUUUGUAUAUGAACUUUACUCUGACCUGUGAUCAUGUUUCAGGAAGGAAUGAAAGAGAGUUCUUUUCUUAAUAAAGAAAAAACACUCAAGGAUUUUGUUCACUUUCCAAAGCUACUUGUUUACAUUGUACACUGCGACCACCUUGCCGCUUUUCAUCACAAGCUUGAAUAUUUAAAUUCUGUACUUAUAUCUGUAAAAUAGCCAGGAACUUCCUGUUUGUGAUCUAUUAUUAUGCCUUUUUACAUACACAGAAAUUGACUGUAAAUUAUUGUAAAUAGAUUAAAUGAGCUUUCCUUACUUCCUUCCCUUUCUCAGGCUUUUUUUGACUGUUCCUUUCCCUACCAACUCAGGCCUUCUUAUUGUUUAAAAAAAAUCAGUGUAACAACACUUUUUAAUGAUUUGUCUUGAUGGAAUCAUUGUUUAGAAUGUAAAAAAUGGGGAAAGGGGCUACUUAAUUCCAUUAGUCCUCUUUUUAUAUUGAUUAUUUUAUUAGAUACAUGUUAUUUCUUUCCUUUUACAUUUUUAUUUUAUUUUUUGGUCAGUAGUGUGUAUGUAGUAGCAAAAUGGUGAGAUAAUAUGUAAAAUCUAAACUGCAUGCUCUGGAAACAUUUUCAGAUGCAUUUGGUUUAAAAGGGGUAAGUGUAUGAACACUUUCAGAAUUCAAAAUGGCCAAAAGUUAUUGUAAAUCCAUUUGUUUUCCCUUUUCAUGUGGGCAAUAAUGUCAAAUGUGCUAUGCAGUCAGGUAACAUUUUAGAUAAACUUGAUUGACUUUUAUAAUAUAACUGUUACAAUGCACACUGAUUGUAUAUAAAAACCUUAUAUAUGACAAAUUAAAUUUAAGAAAAAGGAUAUGUGGGCUCCUGUAAUUUUCUGCUGCAUUUUUAUUCACUCAUUUAAGAAAAAAGGCACUUAACUUUUUUUUUUAAGUAGUAACAUUUAGCUGCCAGAAAAUGGAUAUUUUGGUAAGCAGUUGAAUAUAGUUAAUGUAUAGCACUGCAACUAAAUCUAUUUUGAGGACCAUAUGAAUCUAUGACGUAAAAUUUAGGUCAUAGGAGUUUUUGUUGGCCUCUUUUUGGUUUUCUGCAGAUAUUAUUUCAAAAUGCCUUAUAUUUAUUCAUAGAUUUUUAUUUUGUUAUAUUCAAUGGGAAUUUUUGACUCGUGUAGCAUACAUUUUUGGAUGUGUGCUGUAAUGUAACAAAUUUGAAUCUUUGACAAAUAUAUUGAUAUAUUCCAAUAAUAUUCUUAAGUGUGUCCCUAUUGAUUUAGGUGUGGGAGCAAUCUACAGAAAUUUGUUCAUAGAUGUAUUUUUAAAAUAUUUUCUGUUUAUCCAAUUAGGUCUAAAAUUUACAUUAAGGGUACAAAAUAAAGCUUGCUUUCCAUUU